AUGCUCAAUACUCCUGAAGCAUUUUUUUAUAUUAAAUUUAUUCCUAUUUAUUGGUCUAAAGAAAAAUAUUUGCAACUUGAACAAAAUCUUUCUCAACAAAUGAAUAACGAAGGACUAUUUCAAUUUCACUAUGAUAAUGAUGAUCAGAAUAGUAUUGAGAAUAUUCUUCCACCAGAAUUUAAAAGGCGUAAAGGUCCAACAGCAAACAACAGAAUUAAAUCAUCUGUUGAGGAUAAUAAACGUAAGACUGCAGAAAGCAAAACAUUAAAAUGA